CAUUCAACACUUCGUGAUCUUGUUCUUCUUUUUUUUCUUUUCUACUCCUCUUUUGCCCCUCCCCUUCACUUCAUUUUUUUUCUUGUCCCGUCUCCCAUUGCACUCCCUUUUUAGAUAUCCUUUCCUUUAUAACCCAUAAGCCCACCCCACCACUUACUGUGCCUGAAACUUAUACCUCCACUUUCGACAUGACAGACCAGCCCAUGAUGUAUUCCGACAAUUUCUAUGGAAUGCAACAGCAACCACCUUGCUAUUACGAUCAGCAGCAGUUCACCCAGAUGAGUUCUCCUGAAUCACUCAUGCUGUCCACGUCGUCACCAUCCCACCAUGGUGUAUGUGCGCCUUCGACUAUCAUGCCACCCGAACCGCCCAUGUUAGUCGCUUCUUCUUCUUCCACCACCACCCAUUCCACCAUGUCCAGUUCUUCCGUGGAGUUCCUCAACGAAACCUUUGCCAAAGCGUCUUCGUUGCCCGAAGCGUUUUAUCCCGAAUUUUUGCAGUACUCCAAAGAAACGUAUGAGCAGUCCACCACAGGACCUCACCGUAAGAAGCAGCGGCGUCAUUAUCAGGACCAAAACAACCAUUGGCAAAACAAUAACAGUAGUCAACAGCAACAACAACAACACCCCCAACAACAACAGCAACAAUCACAGGAACAACAUCAACAACCAUCACGUAGCAACGAAGAAUCCUCGGAUAAUGAUGAGGAUACUAAUAUCAUGAACGGCAUGACUUCGGCCGAGAUGCGACGACAAAUUCAUAUCCAAUCGGAGCAAAAACGUCGUGCUCAGAUCAAGGACGGUUUCGAGGAUUUGCGAAACGAGUUGCCGACGUGCUUGAACAAGAAAAUGAGUAAAGUGGCUUUGUUACAUCGAACUGUUCAGCAUAUUCAGCAUUUGAAGGAUACCCAAAUGACGAUCUUGGCUGAAUUGGAACGCUUAGUGCACGAAAACGAACAAUUGAAGAAGUUCCAGGAAAGUGUACUUCAAAAACAAGCCCUGGAGAACAUGUAUACCAUUGGCCAUCUGUAAAACAAAAAGAAAAAGAACACAUCCCCAUCACCUCUUAUUUUCCUUUCUUCUAAUUCCUUUUUGCAUUGUUCCCCGUUGCAUUCCCAUUUACGUUUUGCCUUUUUCUUUUUUU